AUGCAAUUAAAGGAAGAGAGUUGACUAAGGUGAAAACAAAACAAGUCUGAUGACACACCAGUUACCUAAGCAAUAUCGGCAAUAAUAAAUUAAGUAGUGCUGGGGAACAUCCCCGCAACCCAAAUGCCUGUGUCAUUAAUAGGACUAUGACAUCGAUAGGAAGUCUUGGAGUAAUCCUGAUCUAGGCCAGCCAGCAGCCUCAAAAUUUCCCAGGAUGAAUCUGGGAAGUGAGGAGAGGCCAGGGACCAUUCCCUAUAGCCAGCUUGUAUACAUGACAUCUGCCAGGUCUUCUUUGUCCUCUAGCAGGGGUCAGAAGACUCCUCAGCUGAGGUUUUAAACUGGUUCUUAAAGCACCUUUUAGUCCAUUGACUCACUGGUUGCAAAUUCCUUAUAAUUUCCUUUCUUUACUUUAAUUAUCAUAAGGUUUUGAAUGACAGCAUUCCUCACAUGUUGCAGUGGCUUAUGGUAAAGUGUCUGCUUUUAACCAAGCUGGGCUUAAAUCCACUGAUUUCAGAAGGAUCACUUGCCAUUGGAACAAAUGGAAACAGAAUUUUACUCACAGCUUCCAAUGACGAUCAUCUCUUAGCUUAUGCUAAAUAUCACUCAACACCACCAAACUUGCUCUACAUCAUUGUUGUGACCAGCUCGCUCUUCCUUCCCCGCCACUUCAACACAAUGCCAGACAAUUUUCUGAUUUAAUCUGUCAUUUUGUUCCUUUUGAUUUUCUACAGUUAAGACACACACCAGUUCCUUCCAUAUUCUCUCAGCAACACCCCUUGUUUAAAUUGCUACCCCAAGCAUGGAUAAAACUUUAUCAAAGGGGUUUCUACCUCUCCCUGUCAAAGGUGGCAUUGGCCUAAAUGCAGUAAAAUGAGCUGUCCCUUUAAAAGGGGAAAAAAAAAAAAAAUCCUUUCUACUUUGCAGUUCAAGUCAUUACUGCCAAAAGGUGCUUCCAAUCCCAACCUGGUGUGCCACAAAGUCAUUCCAUGAGGGAUUCGGCAGGUAUUUUUUUUGCUUACAAUUGUGUUACCUUUAGUUAGUAUUUGUGGGAUUAGGAUGACAAUUUUCACAGGAUUUUAAAGCAAGAUUAUCAAGCCUAUCUACUCAAAGUCUUUCACUAAGUGGUUAUUAAGACCUGGUGAUAGCCUCCAGUCUUAUAUAGGCUUUGAAGAUAAUCAUCUUUGUCAAGAGAAGCCAGACUGGGUGUAUAAUGGUGUGCUUAAAAUGAGAGGUGACCUUUGGUGAGACUGAACAAAGCAUUGUAUGUGGAGAAGCUCGGCUGUGGUGGUGAGCCUCAAGGAGCAGCUGAGCCAGGAGGACAUCAGUGAGCUGCAUAUUAAGGCUUGCCAAAACCACUGGGAGUCAGAGUUCAUAAUGCGGUGGUUCUGCUGGCAUGUGCCAGUGAAGAUCAGCCUGGGAUUUCUGUGUCUCUUGCUGGUUUGGAACACAGCUUCAUGCAUAAGAAGAGAAAAUAAGAGAGAGAAGCAAGUGGCAGUUCUGGCUACUGCAGAGAUGCCGGCAAAGUCUGUGGACCUGGCUGCUCUUAACCUGACCGAGCUGGUGAACGGCAUGCUGAGCACGGCACUCAGAGGUACCAAAAAACUCUUCUCUUUUCUGAGCAUCACAUCUUACAGCUCGUUUGCCUUCCACAAAGUGUCAGUCACCGUUUAUAACAUUUCUAGCCUGAAAAAUGUUGACCCUGGCAAGUUUCCUAUGCAUUACUGCUACUGUUUAAACAAUGUGACAAAUGACUUGACAGAUUUUACAGCUUUACUUGUUGAUAUAAUUGGAAACUCCACCAGUUAUCUCACAGAAAUUUUUAAAUCUACUUCUAUUCUCUCAGUGCGUCAGAGCAAUGAUUCAGAUUGUAUCUACAUCUGUGUGAUGACAGGCCAAACAGGGAGAAAUCUGUCUGACUUUUGGGAAAUAUUGGAGAAAUCCCCUGUUAUUAAUUACACGUUUUCCAGUAACGCAUCCUCUGACAUGAAUCUAGAUUCAAUUUUUUCAAGUUUCAUGAAAUUACAGGACGACUCAGACAAAACCAUGGAUCCAUCAGGAGAACACAAGUGGACAUUUAAAACUACCAGCACCCCUCUUGCCCUGAACAUCCCCACCACGAGGUCCCCACCAUGGCCAAAGACGGUUGGUGCGAAGGGAUUGGGGUUUCCAUCACUGCACGUGGAUGCUUCAAGACCAAGAGGCACAGUUGGAGCCCCUCCGGCUGCUGGGGAGAACUUGGCCCCAUCAUCAGCCUUGCAGACCAGCCCUGGUGAUAUCUAUUCAUUCUGGAUGCAGACCAUCCCUCCUCAAGAAGCCAGCAAACUGAUGCAAACAGAGCCAGAUUUGCUUUCCUCUGUACUGCCUACUCCACCCUACCGGCCUGAUGUGACACUGAAACUUCACUCAAUUACCUGGUGUCCACAAGCAUUCCUCAAAGAGUCCCGUGUGACCUCGCCUCCUGUCACUGUCAUAGUGCAGAAGAUCAAUCCUUGUGUGAUGGAGCUGUGCAGGUUUUUCCAGCUGUGCCUCUGUGUUGGUCGAAGGAAAUAUUCCAGAAAGGAAGCCAUGAGGUACUGUGUUGAAUAUUAUUCCUGGUUCUUGAAAAAUGCAAGUUAUGUCUGUGAACGAGUCAAAAGAGUUGUUUACUCCCACACAUUAAAACAGAAAUGCCUUAAAAAUAUCUGUAAAUCAGUUUAGAGCACCGAAGAAUGUUACUGCAAUUCAGGAGAUCGGUGGUAGUUUUAGCAGUCUCUUUCAUUUCUCAGCAUAAGAAAAAUCAGAUUGUGAUAUGUUAUUUACAAAUAUUUGUAACAAGACAAGUUAUUAAUUGGAUGUUAACCUAGGAAUCUGUCUUCCUCCAAGGCAAUGUAAAAAUGAUGUGUAAAAACAGAUGCAUUUUAUACAAGUGUUGUAACUGCAAUAAAAACAUUAGA